UACAUGUAUACAAGUCCUUGAUCAGCUUGAUGGAUUGCUCCGGGCCAUGUGACCGCAGUGUUGAGAAAUACUCACUUCCACACUGAGUCACAAAGAUGUCAUGUAUGUAGCUAGUUUUGCAUUCCCAUUCAUUUCUUUUGUCAGUUUUGAGAAACCAGUUUCACUUCAAUCAUUGAAAAGAAAUCACCAGUAGCUACAAUCAUAUUGUAGAUUCUUGCAUUAUCAUUUUCGUGGCAGACAGGAACUCAGAGUUCCGCAAUGCAACUGCUAACUCUCUUCAUAGCGGGCCUGCUAUUGCUCGGUUGCUCUAGCGCACUGGGGAAUUAUGCCAAUAGCUGGUCCUAUGCGGGAACAGGCGACGAGAUUUUGAAUCCUGAGAGAGGAUUUCACAAGCCUUUCACGGCAGGCUCAGUCAGAAAUGCUCCAGAAUCUACUACUCUCACUGAAAUCUCCGGAGAUCAGGCGAAUCGUACAUGUUCAGUUGCACUGUUUCUGUGCUACCUCACGGACUUCAUUGGAAAAGCAUUGCCACAGGAUGAGCUGAACGCCAUUCAGAAAGUAUUCGACACGCUUGCAUCUGCCAAUAUGACUGCUAUCGUUCGCUUUGCCUACUCCAAGACGCGCCCACCCAGUGCAGGACCUUCGUAUGGUGAUGUGCUCAGCCACUCUACAAGUCUACAACCCGUGAUCAAACGCAAUGCUGAUAGCAUACUUACAAUACAAGCUGGCUUUAUUGGUUAUCGUGGAGAGUGGUAUGGCAGCUUCAACCACUUGGAAGCAAAUCACAGUGGCCUGGCUGCUCUUGUUGCCGAGGAGCUUUUCAAAUGGACUGCAGGGAACAGCUCUCGACAAGUGCAGGUGGCAUCUCCUCUGUACAAAGAAAACUGGCUGCUGAAGCAGAGCGUGUCUGAGAACAGCAAGCUGUGGAGUCGCGGUGUCGUCACUAACAGCACACAGAGAAGCUCCUUUGCCUUUGCCAGAAUUGGUUUCCACAAUGAUCAGUUCAUGCUGGCAAACCAGUUCACAUUGGAAUCGUCGCCAUCGUUGUCCAGGCGACCACUUGAACCAGGGCUGCUUGCCCGUCAGUUCCAGCCUGGCUACCCAAUGUUUGACUACAUGACGGCGGAGAGCCCGUUUGUAGCUGUUGAUGGUGCAUUGCCCGAGAACGCAUCCAAUGUGGCGGCUGUGAGUGGCUUUCAAGCAGCGGUGCACAUGCGUCUACACCACUACGAUACAUUCUCACUUGAAUACGGCUACGAUCCCACUGGACAAAACCCUGGACCAAUCAAUUCCUGGAUGAAAGAACCUCUGAACGCAACGCAAUUACAGGAAUCCUUCAUGCCGGCGCAACCCGAGUACCUGCUGCAACCUCACACAAUGUUCGAGUACAUCCGUGACCACCUGGGGUACCGGCUGCAGCUGCUGACAGUGUCGUACUCAAUUACGCCAUUUAUUGAGCACAAUAUCACGUUUGACGCGUCCAUCAGCAAUUUUGGCUUCUCCGCUCCCAUCAACAUUCGUUUCGCCUAUCUGGUGUUCUUUGAGAAAAGCGGAGACGUACCGAAAGAUACUGAUCAAGUGCUGUUCACUAGCCGUAUAACAUCGUGUGACCCACGAGUGUGGCAUCCGUACAUAGCCAACGAUCCCGAGUACAUAAGAAGCCGUCACCCGAUCCAUCACUAUGCAGCACUACCCGGCCAGUUGUUUGGCAAGAACGUGUGGAUGGGCCUGCAGCUCACAAGCCGUGCCGGUGCACAGCCAGUAGAAGUAGGUCAGUACAACGCAGUGCGAUUAGCCACUGCCAACACUACAUGGUGGGUGGAUAGUGCUGGCCGAGGUGGUGUCAAUAUCCUCGGCUUGGUCAAUGUCCCGAACUAGACUACAACGGGGUUUGCUAUGCACAUGAACGGGCCAAAGAUAAACCAAUGUUGCAAUGAUGACACACACAUACCCUCCCCCCCCCCCCCCCCCCCCACCACACACACACACUGCUAUGGCUGAACUAGCCUCAGUGUUCAGUUAAAAAUAAACUUCUAGCUUGGAUGAAAUUUACUGAGAUAUUCAAAAAGUAAAAUGAUUAUCUUGAUAGAACUAUCAGUGGAAUCCCCAGUGAACAGACAUUACUAUGAAAUCCCCACUGAACAGAUAUGGCUGACUUACAUACAGUCAUUAUUACCACGCUGAGCACCAACUGUUUGAUUGUCAACCGAUUGAAUCAUUACGCCGGCACUGAGUAACAUGUUUAAAGUUGAUAUAAUCUGUGGCAACAUCUUACUGCUUGUAUUCUAUUCACCGUGGUAUCUACUAUCUAGGGCUGGGUGACUGCAUCGGUGUGCUUGAAUUUGCAUUUCACUGCAUAGCGUUAUCGCUGUAAUCCACUUCGCCCAGUAACUGCAUCACACCAGAGCCGGUAAGACUAGACGUCAUUCUUACAUUUCAAAAACGAUUCUAUGAAUAAUUUUACGAACUUGAAAAGGAUGAGUGUCUCAACAUGAAAUGUACAAGCCUCCACUUCCACUUAUUUUUGGUUUUGGACAAGUUGCACGCACGCAAUAUAGUUACUAUCAUGGCCUUUGCAAGUAUAAAGCAUGCCAAGUCAAGUAUACCCAUGAUGUUACAA